AUGACUUCGAGGAUCAACGUGAAUGUGUUCUAUGUGAGCGAUAGCUCUCCUGGAUCUUGUUUUAAAAGGAUUUAUGCAAUCAAAACAAUCAAUGAUAAGAUUGAAGAAUUAAAUUUCAACUUGGAAUGCAGAAUGGAACGAAGGAAUGAUAUCGAUAUGAUUAUAAAGAAAUUUGACUCAAUCACCGUGUGUAUCAUAGAAAAGGAGAUAAUACUACGUUUGACGAAUGAUAGUAUAAAAAUAAUGGGAAUGAAAAGAUCACGAGGGGUAACUUUUGAAUUAGUGAAGGGUGUGAUGGCGCGAUUAAGUUUGUUCGAUGGUGUUGAUGCGACGCUGUAUUGUGCGACAAGGGAGAUCAGUUCUGCCCACGAUUCAAUCGAGGAGGCCACGGAUUUGCCGUCUUUCGCAACAGCAUUAAAUCGAGAUGAAAUCGAGUUAAGAUUCGAAGAACGUAAAAAGAGACGAGAGGAACGUGAAAGUGGGAAAUUCGAUACGCCUUUAAAAGAUAGAAAACAAAAUACGCCAAAGACUAAGAGCAUUAAAGACCAGAAUACGCCACAAAAAUCGAGUAAAAAACUUGAUGACGCAGAAGAUGUUUCGAAACAGAUUGAACAACGCAUAAUAAGCAUGGACAUGGAAGAUGGCUCAGAUCACCCCGAUAGUGGCGGAGAAACGGAUGAAAACGAGGAUGAAAAAGAUGCUGAAAUCGUGUUUAAGGUGGAUGGAAAAAUCGAAGGAAAAAGAAGCAGAAGCUAUCCCAUUCGCUAUGUAGACCAAAUUAAGACCCUCACACAAAUGACAAUGUCAGAAAACAUCCGGAACACAGGGAACAGAGAAUUCUAG